GCCCCCCUUCGCCCUCCCCCUUUCCCUCCCUUUCUCCUCCUCCUCCUCCUGCCGCCGCGGCCGCUGCCAGACCUCGCCAGUUCAGACCCACCGGGCUGCCCUCCCCUGCGCUCUCCCCCUGCUGCCCAGGCCCGGAGCGCAGCGCGGCCGCACAGAUUCAUGAUGUUGAAAGCCCUUUUCCUAACUAUGCUGACUCUGGCUCUGGUCAAGUCACAGGACACCGAAGAAACCAUCACAUACACGCAAUGCACAGAUGGAUAUGAAUGGGAUCCUGUAAGACAGCAGUGCAAAGAUAUUGAUGAAUGUGACAUUGUCCCAGACGCUUGCAAAGGUGGAAUGAAAUGUGUCAACCACUACGGAGGAUACCUCUGUCUUCCUAAAACAGCCCAGAUUAUUGUUAAUAAUGAACAGCCUCAGCAAGAAACACCGGCGGCAGCGGAAAGUGUGGGUGCCGCUGCAAAUGCUGCUGCCACAUCAGGUACAGGCGCUGGGGGCAUGGCAGCCAGUGGCAUGGCAGCCAGUGCAGUGAUGCCUGGGGGUGGCUUCGUCGCCAGUGCUGCUGCUGUUGCAGGCCCUGAAGUACAGACUGGCCGAAAUAACUUUGUCAUCCGACGGAACCCAGCUGACCCUCAGCGCAUCCCAGCCAACCCUUCUCACCGGAUCCAGUGCGCAACGGGCUAUGAGCAGAGUGAGCAUAACGUGUGUCAAGACAUAGACGAGUGCACUGCAGGGACUCACAACUGUAGAGCUGACCAAGUGUGCAUCAAUUUACGAGGCUCCUUCGCCUGUCAGUGCCCCCCGGGGUACCAGAAGCGGGGAGAGCAGUGUGUAGACAUAGAUGAAUGCACCAUCCCUCCAUAUUGCCACCAAAGAUGCGUGAACACACCAGGAUCAUUUUAUUGCCAGUGCAGUCCUGGGUUUCAGUUGGCCGCAAACAACUAUACCUGUGUAGAUAUAAACGAAUGUGAUGCCAGCAAUCAAUGUGCUCAGCAAUGCUACAACAUUCUUGGUUCAUUCAUCUGUCAGUGCAAUCAAGGAUACGAACUAAGCAGUGACAGGCUCAACUGUGAAGAUAUUGAUGAAUGCAGAACCUCAAGCUACCUGUGUCAAUAUCAGUGUGUCAAUGAACCUGGGAAAUUCUCGUGUAUGUGCCCCCAGGGAUACCAAGUGGUGAGAAGUAGAACAUGUCAAGAUAUAAAUGAGUGUGAGACCACAAAUGAAUGUCGGGAAGAUGAAAUGUGUUGGAAUUAUCAUGGUGGCUUCCGUUGUUACCCACGAAAUCCUUGUCAAGAUCCGUACAUUCUAACAUCAGAGAACCGAUGUGUUUGCCCAGUCUCAAGUGCGGUGUGCCGAGAACUUCCCCAGUCCAUAGUCUACAAAUACAUGAGCAUCCGAUCUGAUAGGUCUGUGCCGUCAGACAUCUUCCAGAUACAGGCCACAACCAUUUAUGCCAAUACUAUCAAUACUUUUCGGAUUAAAUCUGGAAAUGAAAAUGGAGAGUUCUACCUAAGACAAACAAGUCCUGUAAGUGCAAUGCUUGUGCUGGUGAAGUCGUUAUCAGGACCAAGAGAAUAUAUCGUGGACCUGGAGAUGCUAACAGUCAACAGUAUAGGAACCUUCCGCACAAGCUCAGUGUUAAGAUUGACAAUAAUAGUGGGGCCAUUUUCUUUUUAGUCUUUUAAGAGUCCACUAUAGGCAUUUAAAUCAGCCAAAGAGUAUUGUUACAAUAAAGCACUAUUUUAUUUAUAGACGUAUCUAGUACAUCUACAUCUAUAUGCUGUACACUCACCAAUAAUUCAAACAAUUACACCAUGGUAUAAAGUGGGCAUUUAAUCUGUAAAGAUUCAAAGUUUGUCUUUAUUACUGUAUGUAAAUUAUACAUUAAUCCACUAAACUGGUCUUCUUCAAGAGAGCUAAGCAUACUCUAUCCAAUGAAACUUGGAUUCUUUUCUGUAAAAGUGGGACAAAGCAAUGAUUAUCUUCUGUGGUGCUUAAGGAAACUUACUACAGCCCCACUGACAGUCUCAUAAGGAGGCAGCCUCAUAACAUUGAACAGCAUGCAAGUUCAAGGAUGAAUUUUUUAACUGCUUUGUAACAAAAUGGAAAAAGUCAAUAAAGAUAUAUUUCUUUAGAAAAUGAGGAUCUGCCAUAUUUGUGUUGGUUUUUUAUUUUCAUUAUCAGUGUAAACAGUUGUUUAUUACUUAGUAAUAACUAAUUAUUGUAUAAUAUACUGGUUUCUGUUGAAUAUUUUAAAUUUUGUCAGGAAUUUUUUAUUAUGAAUGUAAACAAAAAAGUAAGCAAAAUUUCCAAAAUGAAUAAGGUAGCCAUAGAACAAUUAUUAUGUGAAGAAAUCUGCAGAGAGUAGAUGAGAAAAUAAAUUAUUUUUAAACCAUAGUGGAGUUGACCUGAAGAAGCAAAUUCAGUGUGUUCAUCAGUUCAAGCUGCCAUAAUAAAAUACUAUAGACUGGGUGGCUAAUAAAUAACACAAAUUUAUUUCUCACAACCUAGAGCCUGGAAGUCUAAGAUCAAAGUGCCAGCAUGAUCACGUUCUGGUGAGAGCUCUCCUCAGGGUUGCAAACUCAUAUCCUCCCAUGGUAUAAAGACAGGAGUGAGCUCUUUUGGGGUCCCUUUUAUAAGAGCACUAAUCUCAUUCAUGAGGGCUCCACCGUCAUGACCUAAUUAUCUCUCAAAGGCCUCAGUUCCUAAUACUAUCACAUUGGAAGUGGAUUUUGAUUUCAACAUAUAAAUUUGGGGAGGACACAAACAUUCAAUCCUUAACAUUCGGUAAAUGUAAGAACAUCCCUGAAUUCAGGACUUCCACAGGAUGUGGAAAAAAAUGAAGAAAAGGUAUUGUACUGAGGAAGUUUUAGUUUCUGAAUAAAAUUAAAACUCUAAGACUUCACUUAUAACUAAAAUUUCUCAUCUUUAUUUCUGAUGCUCACAGAGGAAUAAAAUGGAAAUUGUUCUUCUUCUUGGCAUCCAGAGUGACAGUGAACUAAAGCAAAUUAUCCUCCUUCUGAAUUCAAUGAAAAGGUUUUAUGUCUUGUUUAAAGUGUAACUGCUUCUCUUUGAUGUAUUAUAUUUUUUAAAUAAAAAUAAAUAUUCUUUUAGAGGA